CGCAGAGGACGCCUGCCGCGAUGUCCGAGACCGCUCCCGCCGCCGCGCCCGAUGCGCCCGCGCCCGGCGCCAAGGCGGCCGCCAAGAAGCCYAAGAAGGCGGCGGGCGGCUCCAAAGCCCGCAAGCCCUCGGGCCCCAGCGUCACCGAGCUCAUCACCAAGGCCGUGUCCGCCUCCAAGGAGCGCAAGGGGCUCUCUCUGGCCGCCCUCAAGAAGGCGCUGGCGGCCGGCGGCUACGACGUGGAGAAGAACAACAGCCGCAUCAAGCUGGGGCUCAAGAGCCUCGUGAACAAGGGCACCCUGGUGCAGACCAAGGGCACCGGCGCCUCCGGCUCUUUCCGGCUUAACAAGAAGCCGGGCGAGACGAAAGAGAAAGCGCCGAAGAAGCGCGCGGCGGCGGCCAAGCCCAAGAAGGCGGCGGCCAAGAAGCCCGCGAGCGCCGCCAAGAAGCCCAAGAAGGCGGCGGCGGUGAAGAAGAGCCCCAAGAAAGCGAAGAAGCCGGCGGCUGCGGCGGCCAAGAAGGCGGCCAAGAGUCCCAAGAAGGCGGCCAAGGCUGGACGCCCCAAGAAAGCAGCAAAGAGCCCGGCCAAGGCGAAAGCGGUGAAGCCCAAGGCUGCCAAGCCCAAGGCGACCAAACCUAAAGCGGCCAAGGCGAAGAAGGCAGCGCCCAARAAGAAGUAAAUAAUACUGGAAGAGUCCUGCUCUACAUACUUUGUUAUCCAACGGCUCUUUUAAGAGCCACCCACACUAUCCCUAAAGGAGCUGAGGCGCCAAAGUGGAGAGUAACCUACAGCAAGGAUCCAAUAACUCGUAAGUCGUCCGGGGUUAAACGUAUCUUUUUUUCUCUACGAGUACUGAAAAAAAAAAAAAAAAGACUUAUUUGUAUGGUAUAGUGCGUCGGCUUUAGGGAAGUGUAUGUAUUUACAUCAUUAUGGAGUAAUUGGUUUGACUUUACCAAGAAGAAAGGUUUUAUAAUAUUGAUUUGAUAAAAAUCGGAUGUAACUUUUUAAUAUAUUUUGUAACAAAAGUAAUGCAAUUGUCAGGCACGCUACUACUGAGCCAUUGUAUUUCUAUGGUGGAGCCCUUAAAUGUUUUUGUCUAUUCGGGCGGGGGUGGAGGGGUGGAGGGCGGAAAACCUUACUGAUCGGGAAAUGUCCCUAGGCUCUCCUAUCCUUUUGUUCCUCUUGAAAAACAAAGAGGUAUUGGAAAAGCCCGCCCUGACCAAGGAUUGGCCAGAGGAGAGCCCGGCCCGCUGCCCCUGCUCCCCGCACCCUCCCUCCCCGAAGAUCACGCCUUGCAUCUCCGUGCAAAUUCCGCCUCGUACGGAAGAGAAAGGCGGAAAAGGAGGGAAGGGAGAGGGGCGGGGGCGGAGGCGAAGCUCUAGCCGAAACACAUUGUUGCGGUGCUGUCUGGUUCAAGAACUGAAUAUGUCAUUACCACAUACCAGAAGCAACUUUUUUGUUGUGUUGUUGC